CUUCUCUAUGGGCGCUCGCUUGAGGCUUCAGGAUUGGUUGGGCGUGCCGGAAGCAGAAGGAGCGUGUCGGAAGUCCGGCCCGCCGCCUUAGCGACGGCUCCCCUAGCAACCGAGGCGUCGGAGCGAUGCAGACGCAGCAGCUGGUGCCGCUCGCGUUGCCUCGCGGGCAGAAGCUCUUCUGCGAACUGUGCCGUGGACCGGCCACGCUGCGCUGCGGAUCCUGCGCUGUCACCUACUACUGGUGAGCAGGGCCGCGCUCCCUCCUUCCCUUCCCCCACCUACGCCCGUAGGCACGGCAUGCAGGCAGGCAUUCGUAGGGUGAAGCUGGGGAGAUGCUAUGGAGCGGCGUCCUCAGGGGCGGUCGCCUCCUGUGGGCUUAUUUAUUUAUUUAGCAUUUACAUGCCACCUUUUUCUCAAGGUGGCGUACAUGGUUCUGCCCACCCUCGUUUUUAAUCCCCCACGACAACCCUGUUAGGUAGGUUAUAGGCUGAGGGGUCACCUAGGUGAGCUUGAAGGCGACCAAGCGGCGAUGCGAACCCUGGUCUCUCCCGGGUCCCAGUCCGACAGGAAUAAGGAACGGCCAGGUCUGGUGAUGUGUGGCUUUUUAAAGGUCUGUCCAGCAACCCCUUUAAUCAGUUUUGAAUGACGGGGGUGGAUCCAUAAGCAGAGCAAGCUUUUUGUCUAUAUUUUAUUUGUUUUGUUUUUUUAACAAGAUUUAUGUACUGCUUAAGGAAAGAAAGAAAAAACCUCCAAGUGGUUUACAAAGAAUAUAAAAUAUUUGUUGAUAAUAAGGAAACUGAAAGCAUGAUAAAUCCCAAAUAUGGAUAAAACUGUCAGUUUUACUAUAUAUAUGCACACUUUUAUUAUUUCUGUUCCUUGAGAUUAUAUAUAGAUAAAUAGAUACGUGUGUGUGUGUGUGUGUAUACAGUUGAUAUAGAGAGACUGUGUGGUGUAGUGGUUAGAGUGCCAGAGAGACUAGUGCUCAAAUCCCCACUCCUCCACAGGGUUGUUGUGGGGAUUAAAUGAGGGUAGGGAGACCACCUUGAAUUCCUGGUUGGAACAAAGGUGCAGUAUAAAUGUAAGAAAUAAAUACAAAUAUAUUAAAUAAAAAGCAAGCAAAAAUUCUCUCUAUAAUUGAUCUGGAUGCUUUAAACUGGUUACUAUUUUUUGUUCUUUCUAUCUCUGAUUGUCAUCGUCAUUGUCCCCAUUAUAUUAUUUAUUAAUUUAUAUCCCACCUUUCCGCCAAGGAACUGAAGCUACCUUGAGUGUUAUCUAAGAAGAUGCAGGAUAUACACCAGAACAAUAAAGAAAUUGUUUAUUUUUUCAAAUAGGGUAAUAUCCGACACUUUAGUGUACCAGGUGGUAAGAUUGGCCCUGUCUAAAUUUUUCCAAAAUUGUGUGAUUGUCAUUUUAGCCAGUAUAGCAGAUGCGCUUUUUGUUACUCUUGACAAAUAUAGAUAAAAGUGGUAGCUGAGAAGUUGGGAUAAUGUGGCAGUUUAGGAUCUUAGCAAUUUCUCUGAAUGCUGUUGCCUAAAAUUAUUGCACUAUAGUAUAUCCCUACUAUAGGUGGAAGUUUAUCCAAUUUCUGUACAUCCCCUCCAACACCUUGGGGACGCAGAUGAAUUUUUAUGUGAGAGUUUUCUAGGAGUCAUGUAGCAUUUAUGAAUCAACUUUAAUGACAGGCUUGUGUUUAACUCUAAGUUUUAGUGAUAAUUUUAAGAGAAUAUUUUAUGUACACUACUUACCGGUUUUUGCAAUUAAGCAGACUAUCAAUUCCAUUAAUUAAAAAGAAAUAAAAUGAACAAACAGUUGUUUUUUAUACUAGUAAACUGCUUAAAGCCUAUUUUGGCAGGAAGCACUAUAUAAAUUACCUAAUAUUAAUUAUAAUUGAUGCACGCAUCACAAUUUGCGCUGCUAAUAGCCAUGUCUCUCAUCUUUUCUUAGCGACGUAGAACACCAGAGUGCCGAUUGGGUCAGCAUCCAUGAGAAAAUAUGUCAACUUCUCAUCCCUUUGCGUACAACGUUACCUUUUUACAAUUCGGAGGAAGAAAGGAAGCAUGGGCGAGAGCAGAAGUUAAGAAGAGAGGUGAGGGAGUGGUCCAGGUCCGGGAGGUUCACGGAUGGACAGCAGGGUCCCAUUCAGUUCAAAUAGGGAGUGGCGAUCCUUGAGGUGUUGGGGUCCUGAGAUGUGUCAGGUUUUAUAGGUCAGAAUAGGCCCCGAAGCAAACUGGUGGCUAGAACAGUGCAAGUACCAAAACUACUCAUCAGAAAUAAACAACAACAAUAAAAGCUGUGUGUGUGUGUGUGUGUGUGUGUGUGUGUGUGUGUACACCUGAGAGUGGCUUAACAAUCCAUGCUUGUCCACAGAAAUUCCUGGCCGAGUUGACCCAGGCAGUCGCUCAGAAUUUUCUUCUUGAAGGCAAACACGAAGAUGCCAUUCCAGCUGCGUUGCAUUCGCUGAAGUUCAGCAUCAGCGUACACAGUUCAAAUGCUGUGGAACUGGUGCCAGCAUACCUCAUUUUAGCUGAGGCAGGUCUGGGUGAGUUUGGCUGGAGCUGUGCUGAAGUAGUUCUGUGUCAAUUUCUAGAUAGGGACAAUGGUCUCUUUUUAAAAAACGUAAUCGUGUCUUGUGCAGGGAUUAUGUUGCGGGGAUGGCGUGUAUAUGCGAAAACAUGUAUACUCAAACUGCCCCCUUGGAACCACCCUCACGUGGGCAUCCUUACCUUUCUGUUACCUGUGCUGAGUGGGCUUUGCCCCCCAAAGCAAUGCAGAGAGCAGAUAUAUACAAUAUGAUCACAACUUGCACAUGUUUAAGUUGUGCGGCAUCAGUUGUGCGCAGUUGAAGGCCUCCUGGUUGAAAUUGCAUAAAUUAAAUGCAGACAAGGUGGAGAUCUUAAAAAUUCUUUUUUGCAUCAGCAAAAACUCUUUUUUCCUGGUGCAGGAAGAGCUUUUAAGCUCUCUGCCUUGCUUACCAGGCAAGUCCUGCUCAGUACACUGGCUCUGGGGUGCUCUAUCAAGAUGUCUCAGGGUUUUCCGAGAUCUUGAUCAGGAUACUGUUUGCACUACAGACACAGACCACCACAGAUUGCUGACUCUUUCUUGGCUUCUCUCCUUCCUGCCAGGCCUCGGGCACCUUGCCCAAGCAGAGGAGUACCUCUCACAAGCCCAGUGGAUUAUCCUCAAGAAUUCCCACUGCAGCAACGCCAUUCAGUCUGACUUUCAUCGCAACCUGGGCCUCCUUCACGCCGCCAAAGGGAACUUUGAGGACUCUUUGUACCACCUGGCUAAUGACGUAAGCCUCUGCUAAAGUGGCUACACAAAGCUGCUUCUGUUGGUGGUUGGUUUUUUUUUUUAUUUAGUUGAUUUUAUCCAUUGUAUGUUUUUAAUAAUCUUAUUGUAGAGCCCUUAGAAACUUUGGCGAUUUCAGUGGUGUACCAAUAGCUGAAAUAAGUAAAUACAUUUAUCCCAUUUCAGAUUUACUUUUCCUCUUGUGCCUUUGGAACGAACCACAUGGCCGCCUCGGGGGGAUACUUCCACAUGGCCAAUGUCUUCUUCCGUCAGAACAGAAUGGACAUUGCCGAUUCCCUGUACUCUGAGGUCAGUCGGCUUGAGACAGCUGGGUUGGAAGUAGAGGUGAUGCUGAACGCGGCAGCCUCAUCUCAGGUUCCAUCUCCCCUCUGUGUCAUAUUGCCAUGGAAAAGUGUUAUUUUUCUCAAGUGUGCCUUGCGCACACACAGCCAGCUGUGCAUUGUUGGUAGAGGAAGUGGGGGGAUAUAGAAGCUAUAUUCUGGAUCAGUCCCAAGAAAUGUUCAAAGGUGGCCCCAACAUACAGUGGACGUUAAGGGGAUGGGGAUCACCGCACCCUUUUCUUCCUUGCUUAAUGAGCCCUCUUCUCAUCAGGUGACCAAUAUUUGGCACCACCAUUUCAGCCACUUCAUCGGCCUCCAGUACCACACGCUUAUGACUCCGGCAGAACUUGAUAUGCUUGCGGAAGAAGAGGAGACUACAGAAGAAGUCCUUGGUAACUUCCGCUCUUUCAGAUGGCUCCCCCUUCUCCCCAUUCCAAGAAAAUGGGGUGGUUUAAAAUUCAGGCUGCUUCCCUCCUCCUGCCAGAGAGUUAGGUGGGGGCAGGGCAGAGAGCUAGCUGACUGUGGCACAUGGCUACAUCUUCUGAAAAAGAAACAAUAUUCCUCCCCGUUCCUUUUCUGAGCUAUUAUAACAUCCACAAGUGGGUGCAGAUUCAGUCAACCAUAUGAGGCACCUCUUUUUACCACAUAUCUGUAUUUGUUUUCUCUUAGGUCAGGGGUGCGGAGCCCUUAUCCCAUGGGCCUUUUUAGGCUCUCCAGACUCAGAUGGACACUUUGGCCAUGUCAAACUCACCUGCCCUGCACCUAGUGUCAUAUAUGACACCAUCGUAUACGACAUCAGGCACAGAGGGCAGGUGAAGACUGAGCUCAGCCAAAACAGUGUUUGUAGGCACCGUCAACUAGCAGUUGGUAAUGCCCUGCAAAACCUUCUCAAAGCAGUGUACAAAACGGGGCUUUUCAAAAGUCACCUGAUGUCCUAAUGAUUGACAAGUAAGCAGUCUUGACAGGUGCAUGGAAACUUUGCCUACAAGGGGUGGAUGAGAUAACAGCCUGAUCCAUUGUGCUAAAAAGAGAAAGGUCCCCUUCAGCUCAGUUUGGUAAGGCUCUUGCCUAAACAGGUCAGCCAGGCCAGCCAGGCCCAGAGAUAGACCGUGCUCCCUUGACUGCAGUAGAUCCCCCUUCAUGGAGUUCCCUUUCUACCUUACAGAUGCAAAGCAGCGAGCUGAAGCAAAACAGAUGCUGAGCGCCAUCUUAGAGAUCCGAGAGCAGUCUCCGCGACCUCAGCUGGCUCAAAUAGCCAAGGUCCUCCAUACUCUGGCCAUGUUUCAUUACUUGAUCCUGGAUGUGCCAAAGGCAAGUUGACAAUGGUGUCUGUUUGGGUUGAAAUACAUCACAUAUCCCAGACCAGUGUCAUCACCCGGCGUCCCUAAGCAAUUGCAUCCUGACAGGGCCUCAAACAAGACAUUGUAGACCUGGAAGAGGGACCUGAAAGAGGAAAUGAAAUGAUCCAAGGGCUGGCAGAGUUGCUCCUCUGUGAGGAAAGGGCUUUUCAUUGUGGAAAAAGAAGAGAGUAUAAAAUGAUGCAUUUGUGUGGUUGGAGAGAGGUUUUCUCCCUGUCCCAUAACACUAGAACUUGAGACAUCUAAUGAAGCUGAAUGUUGGAAGAUUCAAGACAAAGAAAUUAGUUCUUCACACAAUGCAUAGCUUAAACUAUGGAAAAUGCCCCUGUAAGAACUAGCGAUGGCCAACAACUUGGAUGGCUUUAAAAGAGAGCUAGACAAAUCCAUGGCGGAUAAGGCUAUUGGUGGCUACUGGCCACAGUGUAUCAAUGGCUAUGUUCUUCCUCCAGUGGUGGAAGCAAUAUGCCUCUGAGUGUCAGUUGUAGGGAGUCAUGAGCAGGAGAGGGUCUUCCUUGUGGGCUUCUUGUAGGCAUUUUGAUAACUGCUGUGGGAAAUGGGAUGCUGAAUUGAUCUGCUCCAACAAGGCCUUUUGCCUGCUUCCUUUUCUUUAAUGAAAAUACCUCGCUAAACUACUCAUUGCCACUUGAAACAGCAGCAGAGUUCCCUCCCCUCUUCUUCCCCCGAGUGGCCCAAUGGGAAUGAUGUUACAUUAUGACACAAUGUGGUUCCCAGGGGCAUUGCUGGAGAAGCAGACAGGAGUGCUUUGUGAUGCAACAUUUUGUUGCAUGCCCAGCUUACCUAUUUAAAGAAGCAAUUGAUGAUCAGCCCCAUUCCAUUCAACAACAGAGAUUGUGUGAGGAAAGGAACAUUAUGUUAACUGCAGCCAGGGCAGGGCUAAUGGGAAUCAGGCAAUUAAAAGAAAGUAUCCUUUUUUAACAAUUGCUAAGGAAUAAUGUUGCAUGUUCUUUCCUUCCUUCCUUCUCUUCCUCUUGCUUGUCACUCUCAGGCUCAUGAACUUGUGAUGAAACUUCUGCAAGUUAUGAAGAAGCUGCCCAAGUAUGAACCAAGCGAAUCACUUCACCAAUUGGUUAAAUUGUUGAAAUCCAAACCAAUCUAUGCAAAAUAGACCCACCACUGCCACCCUCAGGCCUGGCUUCCCAGAUGAGCAUUAGAUGCCAGUCGCUAAUCAUCCUUUCCUGUUUCUACUUCCCAUCUGAGCCCCCCACCAGCUGAGUAACAAAAUCCAGACGAUGAUAAAUAUGCCUUGGACAGAGAGCAGGCAGGACCCAGACAUCCUUUGCAGAGCCAGUUGCUUCAGAUUCCUCGGCCAAAUGGAAGAUUAAAAACUCACACACACACCCUCCAAUGGGAGCUGCUGAAGCUGAAAGCAAAGCAUGGCCUUUAACUGUAUCUAGGGGGCUCUCUGCCCUCACUGCUGUCCCAAGUCACCCAGCUGCACAAAAUUUAAAGCUGUGAAAAUUAACCACCACAUUGGUUUUGUGUUUUUUUAAAUCUUUGUGCAUAUGAGCAUACAGUUGCACCCAUGUCUAUAUGGGUCAUGGUUUGGCUAGAGCAAGGCAAACCCCAGAGCCCAAGCUCAGGCAAUAUGCUAAACCAUGAUUGCUCUGGGUAGCCCAGGAGCAACAGGAUGUAGGGAGGAACGAGACCCGCAUGUGCUUGCUGCAGGAGGGAAUGAUGUUCUAGAUUUAUUGUAGCAGCUCGCUGAGAAUUUCCUCAGGGAAGAAAGUAGAGGGCCAAUGGAGGGGUGGCCUCCAACCCUCAAGGUGAACAGGCAGGAGAUUCCUUGAGAGGACCCCCAAGCCCAGGCUGACCCCUCCCCCUCAAGGCACAGGAUUUCCUGCAAGGGCUGAAAUGAAACCACAUGACACAGUCCAGGGUUCUCAAACGCUCAUUUCAUUUAUUCUGUCCAUACAAGGUUCUCCUUUCUGUGUGUCUUUUUUUCUUCUCUUUACCCUCCCACCCCUUAACCAUUGGCACUUUAGAAAGGAGUUCAUUCUGACAUUACACCAUACACAGCAAAUGCAAAAAGUUAACGUUUCAUUUUCUCUGCAAUUCCUAAAAACAUAUUGUCCUUUUUUUCCAAGUGUGGUCGUGUCUUCAAUUUAAAAACAGAAAAAUAAAAUUUAAAAAUACUUAUUUUUAAAUAGCUGUGUGUCCAUUUUCUCUCUUUGAUUUUUUGCAAACCUGCCAAGAGCUUCUAUCCAAAAAACACACUUGCUCAGGGUCCUUUAAGGGCUUGGGGUAGUUGACUAUACGGAGGAAGGUCUAAAAUGUCAGUGCAUUCAGAUGCCACUACAGUGCAUAUUAAUUUUAUCUAUACAAACAAACAGUCAUCUUAGUCAAAUACAACUCUUGCUAGAGGAACUAAGAUCUGUUUUAUCAUAUAUUUAUUUACAGUAAAGUUGCUUGUCCAUCUGAAACCACACUAUAACUUAGUGCUCUAUUAACAUGGUGGAACAAAAUAAAAUACAUAUAU